CCGACUUUCUCUUCCCCAAUGUGUCUGUUUAACCUGCAUUACCUCAUUUGCGGUUCUGUCUUCUCGCAGCGUUUUUUUUCUUCUGCGCUCCACCGUCCAACGAUUUCGCAUUGCAUCACCUGCGCUGGCACAGAAUGCACUUGCCUUUUCCAUCCGGAUUCAACUCUUACUCGCCACAGCGAACUACCUUUGAACUGAUGAAAAUUUCAGCUGCUCAAUAGGCGCGAGGCUCGAAUUGAUGCCGCUUUGCUUCUGUCCGUGGUGCUGAAAUGCGCGCGCCCUCUAAGUAGGCUACCUUGUGGUUUUACACUAACACUGUUACUUCAGAACAGCUUUUUUAUUAAAUUAUUUGGUAAAUAAUUCAAAGCUACCAUCGAUGCGCCUUCGGGAAACACCGGGAUUAAAAAAUAUUAAUUAAAUUUGCCUGCCGAGAGUAUAUUUAGGCUGUAUUGAUUUUUUUUUUCGAGGAGUGAGGAGUUUUUGGAGGCAGGCUCUGUCUAUACUUCACACAAAACCUCCUGAAGAAUCCUCAUUUUUCUUUUUAAACUUAAGCUAAAAGUCCUCAAGGAAGAAGAAAGUUUUUUUUUUUCUCAGGCAGGGGAUGAAUAUUUCUCAUUUCCGAUUCUGCUUUGGAUUUUCCUCCUGGAUAGACCCCUAUUAAAUCGAGCGCCAUUCACGCAGAACUUGGUUGAAUACAGAUGAUAAUCUGAACAGAGGCUUCACGCAAGCAGCAGUGUGGAGAUGGAAGCGUCCACCAACGGCUCCAGUUUUGGAAUCGACUCCCUGCUGUCCCACAGGCCCGGAAGCCCAGUCAUCUCGAAAGGGGACAGUUUGGUUGGGGAAUGCCGGUCCCCGCUGGAGUUCAGCCCCAGGUCAGACUUAGAGAGCGGUUGUUCUUCUCCUCCGUCUCCGAGGCGGGAGUGCGGUGAGGAUGCGGCGCAAAGACAGGGUCACCCGCUCGCUUACGCGUCCCAUUUGCAACACGGGCCGAUCUCCGCUGGAUCGCAACCUCGGACUGUCACUUCAUCCUUUUUAAUAAGAGACAUUCUUGCUGACUGUAAACCCUUAGCGGCGUGCGCUCCUUAUUCCAGCAACGGCCAGCCGACACAGGAGGCAGGGAGACUGGCAUCUAAAAUAGCAGACGACUUAAUCGAAAAGAUCCACAGUAACUCAUCGUCAGACAGUGAAUACAAAGUAAAAGAGGAGGGCGACAGGGAGAUCUCGAGCAGCCGAGACAGCCCACAGGUUCGCCUGAAGAAGCCACGGAAAGCGCGGACUGCCUUCACUGACCAUCAGCUCGCCCAGCUGGAGCGCAGUUUUGAGCGUCAGAAGUACCUGAGCGUGCAGGACAGGAUGGAGCUGGCAGCAUCUCUCAACCUGACCGACACGCAGGUCAAAACCUGGUACCAGAACAGGAGGACAAAGUGGAAGAGGCAAACGGCGGUCGGACUGGAAUUGUUAGCAGAGGCUGGAAAUUACUCUGCGCUGCAAAGGAUGUUCCCUUCGCCGUAUUUCUACCCUCAAAGCCUGGUGUCGAAUCUGGACCCUGGAGCAGCGCUCUACUUAUACAGGGGACCUUCGGCGCCCCCGCCGGCACUGCAGCGUCCUCUCGUUCCCCGGAUUCUCCUGCACGGUCUCCAGGGCGCCAGCGAGCCGCCGCCGCCUCUGCCCCCCCUCUCCGGUGUGUUGCCCAGACCAACACCACCGCGAUGAACGCCGCAAUUCAGACUCGUUGUAAUACUUGGCAGCUUUGAACUCCACCAUCAAACAAACAAACUAAAAAAAAAAAACUAUUUUACUGGUGACAAAAUAUUGAAGAUAUAUUACGAGGCCACAAGAACAAACAAGUGGGUUUAAGUUAUUUAAUUAUUUAUGUUUCUUACGUUUUUUAACUUAUAUGUUUACAUAUAUUUUUGUUUAUUCUAAAUGUUAAAUCUGGAAAAAUAAAAACAAACCGUUAUACUGAACGCAAUAACGGGACUUGACACUACAGGGACACUGUUCAUUUGACAAAUUAUUCUUAUUUGAACUACUCAGUAUUACAGAUGUGAAUUGUUGGUGAAUCCCUGGCGCAAAUGAUAUUUAAAUAGUAGAUUCAUAUUUAAUUAUCCUGAGAUCAAAUCCAGGUCACACGUUAAAAAAUCGUGGGCUUUGUUGUGACCCUCUAAAAUGUACAAAGGAAAAGAGGUGUAAAUAAGAAUAUUUUGUUUUAUGUUAAAAGACAAAUCUCGGUUUUUGUCCCUCUUUUUUGUAUCAUAGUUCCAAGCCUUACGUUAACAGGUGACGUGUGCAGCACAGGACAAAUCAGAGCAUCUCCACUAAAUGAAAAAGCAACUUUAAUAAAGAAGUGUCACUUUUUCUGUUUGACACUUAAAUGAACAAGCACACGGACUGGACGAGAUGGAUUAUUAAUCGAUUAAUGAUCGAUUAUUUUGUGCUGCUUUUAUCGUUUCUGUGUUCCUGCACAACUGCCAGCAGUAUCACUUUGAUGUUGAUGGGGAAGCGCCAAGUGUUCGCCCAGGCAUUGUGCAAUAACUCUGUAUAAAGCCGUUGAAAUAUCUUGUCAUUCUUUCUGGUGAAGCUGUAUAUUGAGAAUAAUGAUUUGUGAAGUACUGAUUCUCGUAAUUCCAAAUGAUUUUCGUUCGUGCCCCCGUGUGCUUAGCGGUGUGAACUUCAUGGGAACUCUUAAAACUGCUGGAUAUGCGGGGGAGGGUGGUCUUCAAGCAAGGAGAAUUACUUUUAUAAAUGUGCUAAUAAAGAUCUUUCAUU